GAAGUGGUAUGGCUGUCAACUCAGAAAAUAAAAAUGCGUCAACAUAUUUUGAAGAAUAUAUCGAAGUUGAAAUUCGAUAAACGACCAGUUUCUACUUCAUCAGUAGUAGCUUUCUUUCUAUCAAGAUGUGUUCACUGUGCUUCCAAAAUAAAACAAGAUGAUGUUGAAAUAGGAAAAACAGAGAGGAAAGCUCACUCAUCUUUAAAUUACAAAAUGGAAAAAGAGAUUAUGGAGAAAUUCUCAUGGAUUCAAAAGCAAGCACCAAGUUUUGGAAUAUCCGGCGAGAAUGUAAGGGUCAUUAAAGAACCCAGUGACUUCCAUGACACUAUGAAGGUCAUGAUUGGUCAUGCAAGAAAGAGAAUAGUGAUAGCUUCACUGUAUCUCGGGACAGGAAGCUUGGAGAAAGAACUGGUGCAAUGCAUAGAAGAGGCAUGUGAGAGGGCAGUUGCCAGUGGAAAUACAGAGUUUGAGGUUCAUAUACUUCUGGACUAUAAUAGGGGCAGUAGGGGAGGUGACUGCAGCUCUCGAACUAUGCUACUUCCCCUGAUUGAGAAUUAUAGGGACUCGGUACAGGUGUACUUGUAUCAUACUCCAGAUCUAAGAGGCUUGCUGAAAAAGUAUCUGCCCGAGAGGAUAAACGAAGCAAUUGGUCUCAACCACAUGAAGAUUUACCUCACAGACGAUGACUUCAUUAUAAGUGGGGCAAACUUAAGUGAUUCCUAUUUCACAAACCGCCAAGACCGCUACAUACAGUUCCGUGGAUGUAAAUCCAUGGCCGAGUACCUCUGUGAUAUUGUCAAGGCGACGGCCUGCUUCUCCUUCCAUCUCCAAGACAACAACGACACAACCUACCCACAACAUGCACCUCAUCCAUAUGAAGACACGGACAAUGGCCAUGCCUACAAAGAGUUUGCCCGGAAAUGUGUGACAGAUGUGAACAAAUAUUGGACAUUGUCUCCCGACAAUAACGGUUGUGAUAACUCUUCCAGUGAUUGUGACACUUGCUUAACUCCCCUGAUACAGAUGGGUCCAUUCAAAAUACACGAUGAUGAAUAUGUGACAGAACAGUUGUUCAGGAAGGCAGAAGCGGAUGAUAAAAUAGUGCUAGCCUCGGGCUACUUCAACCUCACUAGUCAAUAUUUAGAUACAGUGCUCAAUGAAUCCAAGGCGGAAUUUGAAAUUGUGACUGCUUCCCCAGAGGCUAAUGGUUGGCAUGGUGCUACAGGCUUGUCACACUAUGUGCCCGCAGUGUACACCCAGAUUGCGCACGAUUUCUACAAAGAGGUGUGUCGCACCUGCCAGCAGGGGCGUAUAACUCUGCACGAGUACCAGCGGCCAUAUUGGUCGUUUCACUGCAAGGGUCUCUGGUAUUACCUUCCUCAUUCAACACUUCCAGUGCUAACACUUAUUGGAUCUCCAAAUUAUGGUUACAGGUCUGUGUAUCGAGAUUUGGAAUGUCAAGUGGCUGUGGUUACUACAAACAAGUCAUUACAAGAACAGUUAAAAGAGGAACGAGACAGGUUAUCCACAUGUUUGCACCCGGUUACAGAAGAGACCUUCGAGAAGCCAGAUCGGGCUGUUCCGCUAUUUGCACGUCUCUUCAGGGGCAUCCUUAAGCACUUUGCUUGAUCUUCACGUGUUUACAGGUUACAGACGCCAAAACAAGCUGUUCGGAAUCUUUCAAUCUUCACAACCUUCUUCAGCUUAAUAUCAUGAGCAAUAUUAUGUUAUAGUUCAACAUCUUUAGCUCUUUUUCCUUCCAACAAACUAAACUACACCAAUAAAUACCAGCAUCUCAAUCAAUCAAUCAUUAUUUAUUGUAGGAAGAAUCUUCUUUGUCUUUCAUGAAAAAAACGAUUGGCUUGCAAUUUUCUCAAUUCGUUUUUUUGUGUGUUUUUUUGUUUCAGUAAAAUACUUUCUCUUUAAUUUUUAUUUGCAUUUCUAGUAAUCAAACUUCACAAAAAAUACUAGCUCAAAUAUUUAAGGUUUGCAAAAUUGCAUCAUCAAAUAAAAAAUCCGGCUUUAAUGCGGCGUUGCCGCAUUAAAGUCUUGUUAAAGAUGUUUUUGGGUUGAUGAAUAUAUUAAUUAUGUAAAUCUAUUGUUAUCAUUCAAAAUUGAUGGACAAUGGAUAGUCCCAUUUUACCCUGUAGUUUGGGCAUUAUUUUGAACAAAUUUGGCCCCCUUGUUAGAAUAUUGUGUGUUAAUCUUGAAACGGAUCUCAAUAUCUGUUACAUAUUCUUUAAUAUGCUCAAGUGAUCAAAAACGGAAUGAAACACACCAUGUUUAAAUAAUAAAUAAAACGCUGUUUUAUAAAAUCAAUGUUGUGAUAAUUUGUCAUAAACAUCUUGAUGAGGAGGGAAGUACAUUAAUUUUGAUUGUAUUGUUUUAUUAUUGAUUGUAUUGUUUUAUUAUUCAUCAAUUAAAUGAACCUUCAGGAAGCAAUACUCAAAAUUUCAUGAUGAUAUCUCAAACUUUGCGUAGGAGAAAUACUAAAUUUGACGUUACACAUGACGUCAUAACAAAUGUAGUUCAUUCAAAUGAAACACUUAAAUAUCAUUUCAGUA